AUGUCUGGACGCGGUGGUCACGGUGGUGGAGGUGGUGGGCGCAAAGUCCUACUCCCGCCCAUCAACUUCAUCUUCAAGCUACUCCAACAGCACAGCACCGUUCAGAUUUGGCUAUACGAACAACUCAACAUGCGUAUCGAGGGAAAGAUCAGAGGGUUUGAUGAGUUCAUGAACCUAGUCAUCGAUGAUGCCGUGGAGGUCACAAUGCCUAGCGGCAAAGGCGAACAUGCGAGCGAGGGCGGCGAGCGGAGAAGUGUCGGUCAAAUCUUAUUGAAAGGAGAUAAUGUCUCUUUGAUUCAGCCGCUGGAUUGA